CAUGUUAUUUUAUUUUGUUUCUUAUUAAUAUUGUAAAUAAUUCACCUUAAAAUUUAAGAUUUCAGCCGGUUCUAGACAAAGUAUUGGUAAAAUUGCAUGUACAGCGUAACAAGAGAAAGAAGCAUGAUAACCAAAGUUUGAUCGAUAAUGAAGCAUACUGUUUGGUGUUGCUGAUCGAAAAUGGCAAGCUAUAAUGAAAAUGCAGAUCCAUCAUCUAUGUUUGUUGACAAAGAUAGGAGUGGCAGAUCAACCAGAAAACUAUCACCUUCAAGGUCAGCUGAAAUUGAUGCAGAGGUUAUAACUGUUAAGGACUUUUUUGAUUUUAUGAAAACUGCAUAUCAAGUUUACGAACAUUUAGAAGGGGAGGAUGAUGGAAAUAAAAUUGACUGGGAAGAACUAACGAAGUUGACGGUGUUAAAUCAUGUUAUUGAACAAGGCGAGAGGGAUUUAUUGGCUCAGACCGCAUUUACGGAACAUAAGCCGAACGUUAGCAAGAGUGAUACAGUUAUUGAGAGAAAGAAUAGCGCGGAGAGAGUUGAAAAGCGCUACAGUUGUAGUGAGAUUGAAGGAACAAACGGGCAGAAACUCCAUCCCGAAUCCAGGGUGGAAAUGCUGGGCGUUUGGACAGAAGCCAACCUGAACUGUAAAUUGAAUGAUGUGAUAAAUGAAGGAAUACUGGAUUCUAUUCUGCCCUACCUGGUGGGCUACAAGCGGCCAUCAAAGACUACGAGUAUCUAUUUUCCUAUCAUAAAGAAGUCGCAAUCGAGCAUCUCAAAUGAGGUCAAGAAACCGGCAAGCUUUGGAGGUUUUGUGAAUGAGAAGGAUUCGCGCGAUCGUUUGGGUAGAAGAAGAUCUUCCGUUGUUGCGGCUCAUGAACGUGCAAAUCAGAAACAAGAUGGAGAUGUUGAAAUUCACGUUUGCGAUGAGAUGAAAGGCUUGAAAAGGGACUUCAGAUGUCCGCAGAAGUUGUUAGUGUCGAAAAUGGGCUAUUUUGCUGACGUCACGGCGGGACAACGGCUUGAGGAUAUGGAUAUCUCUGUUCAUUGUGAUAUUCAGAUAUUCGAUUGGCUGAUGCGCUGGGUAAAGCGAGACUCAAUAUUGGUUGCUGAUUGGCCACUUCUGGACCCUCACAACGUCGUGCCUAUUCUAGUCUCAGCCUCGUUUCUUCAGAUGGAGCCACUACUGCACGACUGUUUGAUCUAUUGCCACGCACACAUGAACGAUAUCGUGAAGACGACCACCAAUCUUGCUUGCCUCAGCGACGCGUUGCUGACGAGAUUAGCAGCGAUGUACACGAACGUGGAGCUCGAGUGCAUCCGAGACAGAAAGGACAAGAUCCACUCCCGUUUAUAUUGCAAGAUGAUCAUGUCCCUGGCCGAACCGAUGCCUGAGACCUUACGAGGCCACUACGCAACGUUGGCAACACUAUUCAAGUGCAUCAAAUGUAAUAAACUGUUGGGAAGACAGAUAGCGGAGCAAGUCCCAUGCCAGCCGGCGAGCAUGCGCAUCGAUCGACGAGGGAAUGUGAUUUCUACACACACCAAAGAUGCAAACUGGAGUCUGAACGAGUACAUAAAGUGGUUGUUCGACGAGCUGAGGUCGUGGCGGAGGGUGUACUGGCGACUUUGGGCCGACUGUCAUUUUCUGAGAUGCCAACUCUGCGAUAACUUUUUCCCUGCAUAUCAGAUGGAGUGGUGUUCGCAUCAUGAGCAAUGUGCGCACAUGUUCGGCGUCGAGGGCAGAGCACCUCUACCAGCUGGGCGGUAUCCGUGUUGCGGCGAGCGCGCAUAUCUCUUUGAAACUGUCUCCAGGAAUACGGGUUGCCAGUUCCGCGAGCACGUACCAGACGAGAGUCUCGGGAGCGACGCGGCUGUGAUGGAGAUCUACAAUAACUUUCGUGAAAUCAUCGCCAUGAGGCCCCCGCAGCUCAUGUUCCCCGAACGGCUCACCAGACUUGUUCCUAGAGAAGCGGGCGAUGAGAUUGAUGGUCGCCUCCAGUGCAAGGAGGUAUUCUGGUGGGAGGGGAUCCAGCUGGUGCCACCACGUCCAACCCUAGGUCUACUGGGGAAACUCUACAGCAGCAGCAACAAAUUCAACCCUCACGCCCGGCCCGGCUCGCCCUCUCUGAGCACGGCUCACACGUCAGCUCAAUCACUCACCGGUAACAACACUAGCGCCCCUUGCGCUUCGCCGAUCCCCAAAGCUGUCAAUGUCAAACCAAUCCGGGAGGAAAGUCCCAAACAGAAGCCAGGCGCACCUGGCAAGAGUGACGGCGGUGUAGAGGCGGCAGAUGAUACUUCAGAUACCGAUGAAAGUGAACAGAGCUCAGACAGCGUCAGAACUGACGAGGACACACCACCGAGGAAACCCAGGCAACGGCUGCGGUCCCUGCCGCCGCCCGCAAUGAGAAAUAAAUCUCGACGUUGGGGCACGUCAGGCGGCGGAAGACUGUGGGCAGCAACAGUGUCAGCUCGCAGUAACCAGGACGGUCAGAGACGUUACGAGGAGCGCGCGGCUUCCCACAUGUGUGCAACAUUAGCAAAAAAGUUGAAUCAAACUGCCAAAUCGAAGCCACAACCAGCUGGUGGAGUUUACGCGAAAUUGGAAGCGGAAUGGCGAGAGCGUUAUGGACAGAAACAGAGGAAUACUCCCUCUGCGAAGAUGCGACUGCAGCCAACAAAAUUUAAAUAAAGUCCUAAUAUUCAAUUAAUUAAA